AGAUCCUGCCCUGGUGUUGCAGUGCCCCUGUGAGUGCAGAACCUCACAGUGGGCUCCUUGAAGUGUGCCCCCUCCUCUCAGUAUUUGUAGUGUUCCUCUACAGACUGAGCAGCAGGAAGUGAAGCGCUGCGUCUCUCGUCUCAUCAAUGCAGCUUUCAUUCUCCCUCAGCGGGGCAACAUGGAGGCUGUACAAAAGCUCCACUGGUACUUCGUGGUACUCCUCAUUCUCCCUUUUCUUAAAGUUGCUGUCCCGCAGACGGAGGGGUCCACGGUGCGUCUUGAGGAGGGGAUGGUCCUCAGCUGCCUCUGCCCCUGGGACGGGAACCUCAGCAUGGUAUCCUGGACUAAAGUACCCGACAAGUCCGCCUUCGUCGUUUACAGCCCAGAGCUUGGAGUGCACUCCCCUCACCAGUACAGGGACAGGGUGGAGUUCCUGAAGACCACACAUAUGGAUGGAAGCAUCUCCAUGAGGAACGUCACGCACCAGGACAUCGGGGAGUACCACUGCUCCGUGCAGACCUUCCCUCUGGGGCCCUGGACCCGGAUGAUCCAGGUGGAGGACUUAGACGAGCCCCCAGAGGACAGCACGGAGGAAGAGGAAGGCUCAGACCCCCCCACCCCCAAGGGGACCAGGCCAGACACGGUGCUGGUGGCCGAGCCUGACAGCAACCUGACCAUCAGCUGCAACCACGAGCACAACGGCACCGUGUACCAGGUGGUCCUGGAGAGGAGCCCCCCCGGUCGGCUCUCGGACAUCAUCGGGGUGUGCAAGAGGGUGGAGGGGCGGCUCCUGCGGGAGGACUACAGCGACAGGGGCCAGGUGAGCUGCGAGGACAGCCUGGACAUCAGCCUGCACCUGACCGGGGUGGAGCCGGAGGACGGGGGCUUCUACCGCUGCAACUUCAGCACCGACACAGGGGUCAGGACCACCACUGUGCUGCUCACUGUGCCCCCCCCAGGGGGAUUCAGCCUCUCUGUGUACAUGAUGUAUGUUUACAUCGGGGCUGGGUCUGCGUUUCUUCUUCUCCUCAUCGUCAUCAUCGUAGUAGCAGUGAAGCGCAGUGUUAUUUUUGUACCUUUGUCAACUGAUCCACAGGAAGAAGAACCGCAGGGAGGAGUACCGGGUGAAGCUGCACCCCUCACAGAGACAGCCUAACAUCUAUGGGAACGUCCCAGCGUGCCCCAGGACAGUAAAGAAAGCCCGGCAGACAAAAAACAGCCCUGUUUAUGCCAAUCUAAAGACUAAACAGCCGCUGCACAAUAAGUAAAUAUGACAUAAUGUUCAGAGAAAGUAUUCAGACUUUUUUGCACUCUUUACUGUGUUGUAAAAGCAGCUUUCAAAGGAUAACAUUGCUUUUUUUCCCCCAUCAAUCUUCACUCAAUUGCUGAAAAUACUAAAACAAAAGCAUGCUCUUAGAGAUGUCUGCUCAUUGAUAAGAAUUAAAGAACUCAAAUCUAUCAUUUAAACUAAUAUUCAGCCCCUUUGCUGUGCAGGUGCAUCCUGUUUUGCUUUAAUUAACCUCGAAGAGAGUCUGCACCUGGGGCCAAUUGAAUUGAUCAGACAAAGGUUAUAAAGGGAUGCACAUGUGGGCACAACAGGAAGUCCCACAAGCCACGGUGCAUGUCAGGGUUUAGUUUAUAUUUUGUUGCAAGCAUUUAAAGACUAAAUGCUGUUAUCCUGGCACCAUUAAAAGGUUAAGAUAGUCCCAUUUAUGACACAAAAGGGAACAAAUGGUGCACUUUCUGCAGCCUCAGAGCAAAAACAAGCAUAUUGUAACAGACUCUGAUUUUGUAUUUGAUUUUUAUUUGAUCAGACUGACGCUGAUUAAUAUUCACCCUGUGGUUUAACAAGCCGCUGCUCGUGUCUCUCUCACAGCUGACAGGUUUGUUUGUGUCCAACACCGGCCUGCUUCCACUAAUCAAACGUAGUAUGUACUUCAUUAUCACUGCUGAGGAAAUAUUUGUUUGGGGGGGAAACAAUGUGCAGAAAGAGCAGACAAAAGCCUGUGAAAUCAUUCUCCUCACUCCCCUAACCCGCGAGUAAAACGCCAGACAAAAGCUGCUGUAAUUGCGCUCCUUUCACUUCCAUCCCUCCUGGUUCUUCAUUGAACGCUUCACAAUGGUGUCUAAUCAUCUAAUGGAUAGGAAGUCAGCACUGUACAUCACUGGAGAUGUGUGUGUGUUCCCCCAGAGGGAUCUGUGUGUAGGACGCACUCUUAUUGUGAAACUCUAAUUAGAUGUGCUACAGCUGUGUAUUGAUGAAUGUGUAAUUAAAAAACAAAGAGUGGUUUUGUGAUGA